GAAGAAGAAGGUGCUAAUAGUAGCCACAGCCACAGCCAUGAUCAUGUGGUAUGUUUUGGCCUAACAGCUGUAGGAGUUAUGGUUGUACUAGGAGAUGGUUUUCAUAAUUUUACUGAUGGGAUUGCAAUGGGAGCAUCCUUUAAAUCGUCGCUUUCGCUCGGAUUUAGCACUUCGAUCGCUGUUUUUUGCCAUGAAUUGCCUCAAGAGUUAGGUGACUUUGCCAUCUUAUAUGCGAGUGGAAUGGGAUGGAAGAAAGCCAUGAUAUACAACUUAGUUUCAGGCUUAACUUGCUACAUUGGUGCUAUCAUUGGUAUUUUUGCGGCCUCAACAGAAACUGCUCGUCAAUUUUUAUUUGCUCUUACAGGCGGUCUCUUCCUGUAUAUCGCGAUGGUAGACCUCGUAAGUAGUAAAGAUUAUGACAUUUUGGGAGAACUGAGUUUUAAAAAAUUCCUCUUUUCUAAUAUUGGCAUUUUAACUGGAUUUACCAUUAUGUUCUUGCUGGCGUACUUUGAAGAAAAAAUUAAAGUCUAA